AUUCUCUUAUUUUUUUAGUUUUUUUUACCAAAAAAGCAAAGAAGUGAAAAUGGAGGGCAAAGAAGAGGAUGUUAGAUUAGGAGCCAACAAGUUCAACGAGAGACAACCUAUUGGGACCGCCGCUCAGAGCCAAGACGACGUCAAAGACUACACCGAGCCACCACCAGCUCCGUUUUUCGAGCCCGGCGAGUUGACAUCUUGGUCGUUUUACCGAGCCGGGAUCGCCGAGUUCGUGGCCACUUUCCUUUUCUUGUACAUCACUGUUUUGACUGUCAUGGGCGUCGUUAAGGAGAAAACAAAGUGCACGACCGUGGGAAUUCAAGGUAUUGCUUGGGCUUUCGGUGGCAUGAUCUUUGCUCUUGUUUACUGCACUGCUGGAAUCUCAGGUGGUCAUAUUAACCCAGCGGUGACUUUUGGGUUGUUCUUGGCGAGGAAGUUGUCAUCGACAAGGGCGAUUUACUACAUGGUGAUGCAGUGUUUAGGGGCCAUAUGCGGCGCCGGUGUGGUGAAAGGGUUCAUGGGGAAGACUCGGUACGGUGCCUUGGGCGGCGGAGCUAACUCGGUAGCUCAUGGCUACACCAAAGGCGACGGACUUGGUGCUGAAAUUGUUGGGACCUUUGUCCUUGUUUACACCGUCUUCUCCGCCACUGACGCCAAGCGUAGCGCCAGAGACUCUCACGUUCCUAUUUUGGCACCAUUGCCAAUUGGGUUCGCAGUGUUCUUAGUCCACUUAGCCACCAUUCCGAUUACCGGAACCGGUAUCAACCCGGCUCGAAGUCUCGGUGCAGCCAUCAUCUUCAACAAGGACAAGGGUUGGGAUGAUCAUUGGAUUUUCUGGGUGGGUCCAUUCAUUGGUGCAGCACUAGCAGCACUCUAUCACGUGGUUGUGAUCAGAGCCAUUCCUUUCAAAUCAAAGUGACCGGACAGAGAUCAAAUGGUUAUGAUUGUGAUGUUAAAAAAAACCCUACCA